UGUCGUCUGCUCCGUGUUCCAAAAUGUCAAGCAAAACCAAUCGCGCGAACCGUUUGGAGGCUGAAAUUGAACGCAGCAGAGAAGAGUCCAAUUGGAGAAAGGUUAUUGAACUCGCUGAACAUCUCAAGUCUCGAAAUCAGACAGGUUUAGAAACCCUUGCAAACUUCCUCAUUGGUGAGGGAAAGCUUGAGUCCUAUCUGGAAGAGAACCCUCCAACCGAGGCCAAUGUGCACAGGGCGAAAACAGGUCUCUCCGAUGCCCGCAGAUACUUACUCAUGUGUAUCGGGGAGCCAGCAAAGAAGGGGGAGCUGGAGGUGUCCUUGGAUGCCCUGCUCUUGCUGGCUAAGCUGGAGUAUGCCAUGGGGGACUACGAGGGGGCUCUCAACCGCCUCACUGCAGCUGGACUGGACCAGCUCACCGAGAAAGCUCUCCCGACAAGAUCUCUGCGCAUCGUGGCUGAGUCCUAUGCCAUAAAGGGACUAUGCUCGGCGCCUCAACCCAGAAAAAGUUUAGGCUUGGAAAAGGCCCCACUACCUAAUAACAGCAAGUUCCAGCGAGCUGAGAAAGUCGAAAAAAUGAUCCGCUGUUUCGAACUGGCCGGAGACCUCACGCUUCUCUACCUUCAGGAACAGGAUAAGCUGACGUCGACACCUUCUACCCACUCCCUGUACUCUGUUCCUUCUGUCUCUACUACAAAUACUACAGGUUCAACUUCUCCACUCCCGCCCAAUGGCCUGGAGAGCAAGAAAAUUGGAGUUAUUUUGGAGACUGCUUUACAAAGAGCUCCUAUUCUGCACAUGAAGGCUGGCCAGCUGGACAAAGCUAUUAGCAGAUACAGGAGUAUGCUCUCAGCAGUGGAGUCCACAGCCACCCAACAUCUUCGGUUAACUCUUGCUAGACAGCUUGCUGAAGUCUUAUUAAGGGGCUGCUCUGAGCAUGCUUAUAAGGCACCUAAUCAGGGUAUGCGAAAGUUAGAUGAAAGGAGUCGCAGCAGUUCAAGUCUCAAAUCAGGAGAGAGUCCUUGGAAGCCCCAGAAGUACACUGGUACCAACCUCUUUGUACCAAAGAACAUCAAUGAAGAGAUCAUCCUACUUCUGCUUAUUAGUGAGGCCAUGGCAGUCAGAGAAGCUGUCCUGAGUCAGUCACCGGAAUUCAAGAAUGCCAGAGUCCAUGCCUAUGACAAUGCAACAGCAGUUUAUGAUCUUCUCUGCAUAUCCCUGGCAAGAAGAAAGCAGCAUCAGAUUUUGAUUGAGGUGUUCGAGCGAGCAAUGAAGUUCUCAUACGAGGCAAGCCAUGUCUGGCAGCAAUUUGCCUUGGCCUUAGCAUGUGGGAGGAAGUAUGCCAGGGCGCUCCUCGUAUUGCAGGAAGUCCAUCGUCUCAUGCCAUCUGAGCCUCACUAUUGUCUGAUGGCAGCCAAGAUCUGCUUCCAGCAACUUGGCAAGAUUGAAGAAGGCUUAGAGUGGGUGGACAAGGCCCUAAGGUCAGCUGAGGAGAGAGCCAGCGUUCUCACCGCAAGAUGCUAUUUGUAUCAUGGCCUUGGACUAACCUUGGAGGCUCAUCACAAGCAACGCCAUGCUGAUUCCCAGGCACUGCGAGCAAAGGCCUUGGAGUCUUUUGUAAGAGCUCAGCAGCUUGACUCAAGUGAUCAUCUGGUUGAGUUCUACCUUGCCUUACAUUAUGCCCAGAGUCGUCAUCUGGUCGAGGCAACACACCACGUCAAGUUGGCUCUUUACCUGCGGUCAGAACACCCACAUUCCCUUCAUUUGCUGAUCCUUCUGCUCUCUGCUCAGAAGGAAUAUGAGGAAGCUCUUGAACUUGUGGAAGCUGCAUUAGCUGAAUACCCAGAAAACUUGCACCUUCUCUAUGUGAGAGCAAGCCUGGAGGAAGCAGUUCAUGGUGGUGAGGUGGCCCUCCUGACAGCACGCCACAUGCUGAGCUUAUGGCAAACGCUCUACAAGGACCAGCUGAUGGGUGACAUUAGUGAUGUCCAAUCCCAGAUGCACACCAAUCACGAUACUUACAGUAUCUUCAACAUGUCUGAUAAGGAUGGUGCAUCUGUACAUGCGGAGAGCGUUGCUGCUUCGCGUGUGGAACAGGCGUUGUCAGAGGUUGCAUCUUCCCUCUCGUCGUACCAACCAAAACCAGGACCUCAGCAAGCUUGGCUCCUUCAGAUUCAGAUCUGGUUACUUACGGCUCAGCUGUAUCUCAAGACUGAUCAGAUAAAUGAGGCAGCUCAGUGCUUGCAGGAAGCUUCUUCCAUCUUCCCUAUGAGUCAUCAUAUACUGUUCAUGAAAGGGUUGCUACAUGAGAAGAAGAAUGAGUUUUAUGAAGCCCAGACAUGUUAUCAAAAUGCUCUGGCUAUUAAUCCCUAUCACUUGAAGAGCCUCCGACAUUUGGGCCAGGUGUAUCAUUACCUCGGGAGCGACAGGCUAGCGGAGAAGACGCUGCUGGAUGCCAUCAAGGUGGAGCCCCACGACCACCACUCAUGGGAGGUCCUGGGCGAGGUGAUGGCCAGCCUGGGCCAGCUGGACGCCUCGAGCAAGUGCCUGGCCACCGCCAUCGAGAUCGAGGCCAAGGCGCCGAUCCUGCCCUUCACCUCCAUCCCCUUCUGCUACGAGUGACGAGGCCCAGGGCGCGCGCCUCCUGCUUCCUGCUAGUUCCUGUUGCGUUCGGGCUCCUCGGGACCAAGCGCCGCGCCGGCUGCUCGUGGUUCGCCCUCCUCGGCAGGCGUCGAGGCCCUCCGCGGCCCCUCUCCGCUCCCGUCCCGUCGCCUUUGCUUCGCUUCCCCUCCGUCUGUCGUCCUCCUCUUCUUCCUCCUCCCUCCCUUCCUCUUCCUUAUGCUCUUUCUGCAUAACCUUCUCUUCUCCUUUCUGUCUCGUUCCCUCUUCCCUCUUCCAUUGCAGCCCGUCAGCCCACGACUCCCGCCCUGUGUACUUGCCCGCUCUCUACUGUACCCUGUAAUUGUGAAAUAGAUACAGUUUGAUGUCGAAUAUGCCAUGCCUUAGUAGUGUGUACAGAUUUUACAUAUUUCUAGUCAAGGAAAACGUACAACGCAAGGAAGAGAGAGAGAGAAAGAGAGAGAGAGAGAGAGAGAGAGAGAGAGAGAGAGAGACAUAGAGAGAGGAGAGAGAGACGAAUGCCAGCGCUUGAGUGAGUGAGUGAGUGAGAGUAGGUGUCGUAAGGAGGAGCGAGAGCGGCGUAAGGAGGGCAAGUGUCGAGCCGAGGGCGAUGGGGAGGGAACCCGACUGUGGACGCCAAUUAGGCCCUGGGAGGGAGAGGGAAAGCGGAGAGGGGAGGCGAGAUAGCCACAAGCAACUAUCGCCCUUAAUGGUCUUUGCUAGUAUUGUCGCCUUUGCUGUUGUUAUACUGGUACGCACACCAUACACCACAUCACAUUAACACUACACUACACAUCACAUCCACCACAACAUGUACACUACACAUGUGUAUGUAUGUAUGUAUGUAUAGCCUACAUAUGUAUUGGAGCAUUUUAUCGAAAC